GCAAUUGGUCCUUAUGUUAUUCCCGUUGAUACAUUGCAAUUUCUCCAAAAGUAUCUUUGUUCCAAGAGUCUCCAACCUUUCCCGCCCCGGGAUGCUUAGUCGGUGCUUAGUCGUUUCCAUGUGAAGCUCUGCACCUCAGUCAACUUCAGGAAAGUUGUUUUCCUACUGACAUACUACUCUCCUCAACUUCCGACAAUGGCAUCGCCAGAAGACCACAUCAUGGCGGAAGCUAGCGAGGACGAUUCCAUCUCCAUAACGUCCACGGCUGCUAGUGAAGUGCUAGACGAGUAUGAAGUAGAGACUAUCCUGACUGAGCGCAGAGGUCAAGACGAUAAGCCGUACUUCCUCGUCAAAUGGGCAGGCUACGAUGUCGAGCGAGCCACUUGGGAAGGAGAAGAGUCCUUUACCACAUCGGACAUGAUCGAUGAUUGGAGAUCCCACCUAAAUCUCAUCGAGCGAGGAUUGGAAGAGCCCUUUGACCUAGAUCAAUGGGAGCUGGAUGUGCAGACGAAAGAUGAUGAACAACAGAAAAGAAAGAGGCGUCGCCGGGCCAAAAGAAGACGACUUGGAAUCCCGGUCAAAGAGCCCGAAGACGCGAAAUUGAUGGGUGUGGAAGAGCUAGGAACUGAGUCUGAGGAGGACACUGAUAAGGACUCCAUGAUCGAGGAGCUCCUCCAAGAAAAUGACGAUAUACUUGGCUCCACGCAGCGCCGGCGUCUUGUUCGUGGAAGGAAAAGACACGAGAAGAGCAGCGAUGAAGAGCGCGAGGCACCGGCUAGAGCAGCGAAGCAGCUCAGACAAGAAAAGAAACAGCCUGUUUCAGGAAAUCGAAUCUUGCCUGGGGAGACUGCUGUGACGCCAACUAUUACUUCAAGGUCGUCAAAUAUUCCAUCUCGACUACCAACUCAAGGCCAAGAUUCCGGCAGCUCAAGGUCUAGGCCAAGGCCGGCUGCGAAUCGGAUUGUCGGUCGCGGUCCAUCUAGGCUAGGUGCCUCUUCUACCAAGUAUCAACCAAUGUUAGCAAAGCGCGUUCAAGGAGCCGACAUCUUCAAGAACUGGUCGAUCCCCAAGGCUAAGAAAAACCGUGCCGCAGGCCCCAAUGGCCGCUUCACGACCCUACAGAGUGCUCGUUGGGCUGAAUUGAGAGGUCGAAAUGAGCCUGUUCCAGAUGCCAAUGCUUUGCAGCUCUUCGACCCUAGAUCAGCGAAAGACAAGAGUAGAGCUUAUCAGAGCAUAGAGCCCACGACGACAGCUGAGUCAAGGAGUCCAUGGGAAUUGCUCCAAGAGCAACUAGCAAAAGACCGGGCUCUUUCCGAGGCCAAAAACGCCCCCAAAAAGAAGAGAGUAUCUUUUGCAGACGCGUUAAGUAAAGAUUCGUCAGACCAAUUGGGAGAAGAGAGCUUACAGCAAAGCGCCGGUAGAAGGCUCUCCGAGCGCCCUACUUUUUCCCAAGAAGACAGCAUUGUUCCCCCGAGUACUGAAGUCUUCUCAACGGGUCAUAGAUGGUCUGGCGGUCUGCCACAUUCACCCACGGCGUCGGAUGCUAGCGUCCCGGCUCCUGCCCCGCCAAGUCGGCCUAAGAAAUCAAUGUCAUUCAAGGAGUAUUCUGAAGCUCAUCGAAGACCUUCCGCUGAAAUGCAAGCCGGAUCUAAUAUGGAAGAAGCCAUCAAACCGUCACUCGGCCCAGCGGAUUCGACCGUGGACGACAAGGAUCCAGUCGCGCACACUGAAUUGCAACCUACUCCAAAACCGAAGCCGAGACCAUUCGAUCCACUGGCAGUGUUUGCUGAGUUCAAGAAAGGCGAUGAUGGCUCUGCUAUUGGUGUAGUUGAGCUCGUCGGUAUGAGUGAAGAAAUGAGAAAAUGGUGGCUUCUUACUUUUGGGCCAAAACCAGAGGUUUGGUUUCGUGAGAUAUGCCUCGCGGAUAAUUAUCGAGAAUUCAUGAAUGAGGGGAAAUCUACCUUCGAUUCGGUCGAUGUGCUGCCAGUUGGCGAAUCAGCAGCCGCGGGAAUUGAAUCGUUUGAAGAAAUGCUGUGUCUUACGGCGUCUGGAGCGAUGUUCUUUCAUGAUAGCAUUGUCAUUGUUGCUUACCCUCUACAAAUGAUGGAUUCCUGGAGCUUCUUGAAUAGCGGACCCAGAAAGGCACCCGAAGCCAAAAUUCGUCUUCAUUUUCGAUCUCCUAUGCCGGCACCGAUCCGCAAUACGCAAGAUAUGAACAGCCUCUCUUCUAGUUCGGUUGACGUCCCUCGUCUUGUGUCAGUCUUUUCUGACUUGUUGAAAGUCAAAUACGACGAUCUUCUACCAAGGCCGCUCAAGAAAGGGGAAUAUGUUGAAAAAUUUUUCCUUAUCUUCACAGAACAUGCAAAGGAGGAAAUGCUUCUCGUGGUGGACUUUCUCAUGUCGAAGCCGCACGAUGCCAGAGUUUACACUUCCACCACUCCUGGUGCAUGGGAUUACUUUUCUUCUACCGUUAAACAAGGAGUGAUUUUGAUCCAUCCUUCGUUCUAUAGAUAUCACCUAAUUCCUCGCCUGACUUCGGUUCUUCGCAACAAUAUUAGAGUUUGGUGCCUUGGAACUGACGAGUGGAAGCCCUCGGCGCCUUUUGUCUGUUAUGAACUAUUCCCACUAGGUGCGGUCAUCUACCUUACCGAGGACCUCUUGCAACAACGAUCCAGCGAUGCAAACGCAAUUGUGCAGUGGUACUGCAAAUACAGUGCUAGAAAAGUUCCAGGUACAUGGAAGCUUGCUCUUAGAGGGGAGAUACAGGAAUUUCUAAAGAAUGAAGUUGAACUCAAAGGCCCCUAUGAAGGACGAUUGGAAAUGUGGAACGCGGUAGAGGGUCUUCUAGACCCCUGGUUUCUGCCAAACUAUUACGGGUUCAUGGAGGAACUUGAUCCCCCUGUGAUCGACUUAGGCACACCGGAAGGCGACUCUAGCGAAGCAAAGGCCGAUUAUCUUGCGGAAUAUUUCGCCGGAUGGGCUUGCAUACAUGCGGAGCACUUUCGUCGCUUCAUUAUUGUCCAUCCCACUUCCGUGGAAUCGUGGAAGGAGCGUUGGAACCACGUGGAAGUUUUGACUCCUGGUGAGUUCACGGACUCUUACAUGAAGAGACAGUAACCAUUCGAAUUGCUUGAACUCGGGCUUCAUGAUUGUAAUGCGGGC